AGAAUCAUAAGAGAAAACGGGGCUAACGAUAGGGGAUUAUGGCUAUUUUCCGAAUCUUUAGGGUCCUAGUACAAAUAAAGUAAACUUUAGGCGAGGAGAUUCAACGUUUAGAAGUUCGCAGCUGCUUCGUUUCACUCUCUCAGGAGACAUUUUGAAAAAAGAAGCGCGAACACAAAACGCUGAAAGAGGAUGAUUUCGUGUUCAGUUUCCAAGAGAUUCUCAUUUUUAUUGCUCCUCUCAAUGGUUGUUACAACGUUGACAUUAAUGGCAAUUGAUCCUUUCGGGCGUUUGGAAGGGAUUAGGAUUGCGAACCAUUUCUCGAUGGAUUCUACUGUGAACGGGCCAGGAUCUCGCAAUGCAGUGGAAGAAGCCUUUGAAAGAUACGUAGAGUUAAAGAAUCAGGUAGCAGUUUCUCCACAAACAAGGGGUUUGGAGGCAUUAAUGAUAUAGUUCAAAAGUUCCUUGGUGAUCUGUGACUGUUACAUUCUCUGAUAAAAUCAAAAUGAAUAGUUACAUUAUUGGUGCAAUGCUCAUCCUCGAGCUGUUAAGCUUUUCUCUUGAGAGCCAGCAGCUUGCCAAGCUAUCAUCAGAGGAAUCAGAAUAUCACCAUGUUUAUGAUGGGGAUGGUGGCAACACAAAUAAUACCAAAGGAACUAGAUGGGCAGUCUUGAUUGCAGGCUCAAGAGGAUAUGAAAAUUAUAGGCACCAGGCUGAUGUAUGCCAUGCCUACCAAAUACUGAGGAAAGGUGGACUUAAAGAUGAAAAUAUCAUUGUGUUCAUGUAUGAUGAUAUUGCAUUUAAUAAAAAUAACCCUAGGCCUGGUAUCAUCAUCAACAAACCUCAAGGUGAAGAUGUUUAUAAAGGAGUUCCCAAGGAUUACACAGGACGUGAUGCAAAUGUCAAUAACCUUUUUGCUGUAAUACUUGCAAAUAAAACUGCUCUUACGGGAGGAAGUGGCAAGGUUUUAGAUAGUGGUCCAGAGGAUCAUGUUUUCAUAUUUUAUACUGAUCAUGGCGGUCCUGGGGUGCUGGGAAUGGCUUCUGAUGAAUACAUUUAUGCUAAUGAUCUCAUUGACGUUUUGAAGAAAAAGCAUGAUGCCAAAACCUUUAAGAGCAUGAUAUUCUACCUUGAAUCCUGUGAAUCUGGGAGUAUUUUUGAGGGCCUUCUUCCUGAAGGAUUGAACAUAUUUGCCACCACAGCAGCCAAUGCAACCGAGGAUAGUUAUGGAACUUACUGUCCUGAUGAGUCUCCUUAUGUUGACCCAGAAUAUGAUACUUGUCUAGGUGACUUAUACAGUGUUUCUUGGAUGGAAGACAGUGAAACGCAUAACUUGCGUGAAGAAACUCUGGAGCAGCAAUACGAAGUGGUAAAAGUUAGGAAAAGGACAGAAAAUAAGGGUGGAGAUUAUGGCUCCCAUGUCAUGAAGUAUGGAAAGUUGAGCCUUACCAAGCAGUGCCUGUACUCUUACAUGGGUACAAAUCCUAAAAGUAAUAGCUAUACGAUGGUCAGAGAUGAUUCCUUGAAACCAAUUCCAAAAGCAGUUAGCCAACAUGACACAGUGCUCCUUCACUUUUGGCACAAGCUCCAUAAAGCCCCUGAAGGUUCUCAAAAGAAACUUGAGGCUCAGCAGCAAUUCCAUAAUGAGAUAAAUCAGAGGAUGCGCAUAGAUCAGAUUAUGAUGUUCAUUGCAAAGCUUUUGUUUGGAUCUGAAAAUGCUCUGCCGAUGCUAAAGAAUGCUAGACCUGCAGGGCAGCCUAUGGUGGACGAUUGGAGUUGCUUCAAGACACUAAUGAGGACUUACGAGAAAUAUUGUGGAGCUAUGUCGAGGUAUGGAAUGAGUUACGCGCGUGCCAUUGCCAACAUGUGCAAUGCUGGAAUUAAGGUGGAACAGAUGGCUAAGGCAUCGGCUGAAGCGUGUACGAAGACGAUGAACAUCCCAUAAAAUCAACUAUAUAUAUAUAUAUAUUUGCAUGCAACUGUAGACACUGCAAAAAUGAAACUUGAAUUAUGUAUCCUAAUGCCUUUAUGAUUAUUUUCCAGUUUGAAGAUG